UUUUGUUGUUGUUCGCUUUCAUAACCUUUUCCUCAUAGGAAUUUUGUUAAAAUUUAGUUAUAGUUUUUAAAUUGUUAAUUAUAAUAAAGUUAUGUCUUUUAAAGUUUUAUUAUCCACUGCGGAUAAUGUGUGGGCACAAGCUGUGCGCCACUAUGGUAAACAUAACAAAAAAUUUCUUUACAAAGAUGGCCAAAGAUAUGGAAAUAUUAUUUACUAUCCCAGAAAUCCCAACCACCAGGAUCCACCUGUAGAACCAGCUAAGCUUUUCAGAGUGCAACGUAUUAAGCCCGUUAAAGGCAAUCCCUACUGGGAGAAACAUUUACUUAAAGAAUUUGGUUUGGAUGGUAAACAAGGUGAUUUUACUGUGGUAAAAAAUAUUCCCGAAAUAAAUGCCCGUUUAUGGAAAAUCAAACAUCUUAUUAAAGUUACUCCCAUUACAUUUCCCCAUGGAGAGCCCUCAGAGAACGACAUUAAACACACAGUGGUCAAAGCCAAUGGUGAAUGUAUAGUAACCAAAGAAAUUGGUCCAGUAGAAGAAAGGGUAGAAGCUUUGGAGUCAUUUGAAAAUGAUCCCAAACGUCUGGAUACAGAUUUGUUGAAAAGAGAUUCGCGCCUUAAGUGGCAGAAUCCCUGGUAAAGGUGUAAAUCGUUUAUAACAUUUUCUUUAUUAAACUUAGUAAACUAUAUAAAUACAAGAAAAGUAAAAAAAUA